GAUGGCCACAGAGAAAAAAUUCUAGGUUCCAACUAGUCUUUCCUUAUUCUAAGUUUUGAUAGUAAAAAAAGGAAUUUAUUGCUAAAAUAGAGGUUUUAGGUGUAAAUACCAAUUGUAAAUUAACGUUUCGUGUAAAUAUUAUCACAUUUAGUAACUUAAUUUCCUAUUCAAUGUGCCAGUAAUGUACAUCGAGUAUUAGGAACACUUUACGAUACAGGAAAUUUACGGAUAUAAAAUGAUGGAUGGAAAUGAUUUAGUUACUGAAACUUCAAGGAAAGGUAUUAUUUCACAAGCAUGGACACGGAUUUCGCAGGUUUACCAAGGUACACUAGAUAGAUGGACACCACAUACCAAGUUUCGAUGGGUUGGCAGUUUUGUGCUCCUACUUUUGUUUAUGCUCCGAAUAUUCACAAAGCAAGGAUGGUAUAUUGUCACAUAUGCUUUGGGAAUCUAUCAUUUAAAUUUAUUCAUUGCAUUCCUUACACCGAAGAUAGAUCCAGCUAUGGACUUUGAUGGAGAUGAUGAUAAUGGUCCUGCCUUGCCAACCCGAGCCACUGAAGAAUUCAGACCAUUUAUCCGGAGAUUGCCAGAAUUCAAAUUUUGGCUCUCUGUCACUAAAAGCACAUUGAUAGGUUUCUGCUGUACAUUUAUAGAUGCUUUUAAUAUUCCAGUAUUUUGGCCUAUAUUAGUGAUGUAUUUUAUAACCUUAUUCUGUAUUACUAUGAAGAGACAAAUCAAGCAUAUGAUCAAGUACCGGUAUCUACCAUUUACUCAUAGCAAACCAAAGUACAAAACUGUUGAUUCUACUGUUACUGUGAACUGACCAUAUACGUGUAUGUAUACAAAUAAGAACCUUGAAGAGUCUUAGUUUAAUUAACUUAAAAACUGUUGUAUGCAAAUAUUUCUAGAAAUACAGUUUUUAUUGUAUGUUUC